GUGUGCACGACUGGAGGCUUAAGUAGUCGCGGCCGUGAGGACCGUUCGUAGUCAGACACGUGUUUCCAAGUGAUCGGCAGGCGUACCGCGUUGGACCACCGGGCCUAAUCUCCUUCGUCGAACGUUGUAUCCUUCGCUUAUCAGUCGUUGGAAUAUUCCACGGACACUCCACCGAUGCGAUGAAAGUACCCUUCGUGUUGGUGAACGACUAAGCUGCUUCGAAAUUUACGUUUUUCCUCCUCGAACGUUCGUGUGAACAUCCGAAAUUUCGUUCCGUUCCAUUUCGCUUCGCCUAUCAGACACCUCGUCUUUUCCACUUCCGUUUCCGAUUUAUGGCUCGGAUAAUUCUUUGCUGAAAUUAAAAAAAAAAAAAAGAAAAGAAGAUGGUGGACGUAACGACGGCUCUGCCAUCCGGCGGAGUGUCCCUAAUUGGACGCACCAGAGGUGCACUCAGGUCCGUCAAGUCUGCGUUAGGAGGCAGCGGAGAGUAUCUUCAGGGUUUGGGUAGCAGGAUAGGUUCCGUUCUAAGUAGCAGUUUAGAAGAAAGUGAAUUGACCACGACACCGUCGACGCCGCCCUCUUCGCCACAAGCACCACCUCAGACUGCCAAGCCGGAAGAACAGUUGGCUAGGAGGAAAUUAAGGCUCCCUAGAUUCGGGACAGGAUUAUCGUACGAGGACUACGAAGCGAUCGCGAGGCAUAAACUGGAGCGUCAGGGUACCGCGAACACGUCGAGAAACAUGAGAAAAUAUCCGCCGGGUAUGACCUACGAGGAAAUAGCCUCGUCGAGAUCAGCGGGGAUGAAAAGGCAAGAGAGCAAAGUCGAGGAAGAUAAUAGCCCUGACAAAGACAGCCAGGAAAGCAUAGAACCCCUUCAAGAAAGGGACAUCAAGGCCACAGGACCUGAUCCUUUUGACAAACUGAACUACAGUGCAGCAAGGGCCCCGACCCGCUAUCAGACGGUCGUUUUUCGUUUAGACAUGCCUUGUAGCAGCGACUCUAUGAGCGAUCAGGAUGGCUACGGACCCAGCACGAGUUUGGAUUCGAACAUGGACGGUCGUAGAUUAUGGCAGAGAUCAGGUUCGUCAGGGUCCGUUCAAUCUUGGGCUUCCAGCUUGUCAGCUGACAGCCAAUCCGAGGAGGCCGCUGCAGAUUUCAUGAAAUCCUUCGUACCUCUUCUGUUCGACGCCCCGAAUACCAUUGAUCAAGAGCAGAAAGCAAGUUUUGGUCAAAUGGUCCUUACAGAAUCCGGCAGAAUAUGGUUCUCCAGGGUGGUGAACGCGAGAAGAGCACGUCCCUGGGUGACGGAAGCUUCUUUUUACUCUUUGGCACAACACUUUGCAGUAGCCCUCUUCGAAUGCCACGAGGCAGAUGACUUUGCACCUGCCAAGAGUCUCAUGAACAUGUGCUUCACGUUCUACCACGAAGUGGAAGUGCCGGGAUUGGAACCAUAUCGCGAGUACUUGUACAUACAUUUACGCGUGCAACCAAUAUGGACGUCGAUGAGAUUUUGGACCGCGGCCUUCUUCGAUGCCGUUCAAUGCGAAAGAGCUUCGAGACCAGUCCCUCCGAGGCCCAAGUCGUUGGACCAAGAAGCCAUCGCGAUCGAGGAUCGAAAAUUUCAAGCUAACAUCGUCUUCGGACAAUUAGGAACGUUCACGUGCAACAUGCACGCCUUCGGCCUGUCACGGACUCUGUGUCUAGAGUUUCUUAGGAAGCAAUGCGUCAUUGCGAAUCUCACGAAAGAGCAAGAAAAGAUGCUACGAGACAAUAUAGAGAGAAUGUUCGACGAGACCGAGCCCUGGCGGUAGUUUUGCUUCUAAAUACAGCGAUUCGUGGAAACACUUCGUCAAAGAGGUAUCGAAAUACCGAAUUACGAUUCGCAAGGAGAAAUCGUUGCGAGGUUGUCAAUUAAAAUACGAUGUUUAGUGAAAUACGAAGGAAAAAGUCAAUUUUAUCGAUCAACACCGUGGUUGUGAUUCCAUCAGACGCAGCUAAUCUAAAUCGACAAUUCCGAAUCUAAGAUGCAAACUGUUCCUACCUAGAUCGAAUUGUAUAAAUCGAAUUCUACGAAGAAAUCUCUAGCAAAUUGAAAGAGAGUGAUUCCAUGAUUGUAAUAGAUCGGUUGCGAAAUAAUUUAUCAUAUCCUAGCUGUUAUGGUUCUGGAAACCAGUUCUUUGUUUCGUUUGUAACACCGUGAUCGAAAUUACGAAUCUCUCUUUGAGCUUUGUAGAAUUUCACGAGACUUGUAAAUUCGAAUGACCAAUUUCUGCCAUUUUCUUGGUCGAGACGAAAAGAGUCGUUGAAUUUUCUUAGUUUAUCUGCGAGAACUCGCAGUUCAAAAUCGAAUUUAAAUCGUAAGCGGACAAUAAAUCGCGUGACAUUGCUGAUCGAUUUGCAGCGAUAAUGCACGAUGUACAUACUUCUGUACCAGAGAGUAACAAGUUUUCCGAUCUUCAGAAUCGAUCGGCGAAGCUUGUGACAUUGGAAAGUGAAUUUUUGAACGCAGUCCUUUUCGUUUCGAGCUACGCGAUAACUAAAGGCUAAUGAAAUCGAGAUUCCUUGCUUUUCAUACGAAUAUUUCGCUCGUUUUAUGAAUUACAACAGCGCUUCGAUGAGUUACGAAAUGCCAGAUCAUAGCUUGCACGAUAUCCAUAGACGACACUUCUCUAACUAGUAUUCGUCGAAACAUGACGUUUCGAUAAAGGAUCGUAGAAAAUUUCCGAAUUAAAUAUCACUAAUUCCUCUUAGAGUAAUAAUACUGCAAGUGACAAUGAAACAGGCUAAAAUAUUCGUGUAUCUUCCUCGUUUGAGCUAACUAAACGCAAGUCGAAGCUACUUCGCGAACGCUGUCGUGCAGUUUCCUUGCAAUUAAUAGAUCCUUGUAGUUAGGACAAGCUAUUCGAACUUUGUUUCGUGAAACCUUGUGUAAAUAUGUUUGUAUUUAAAUGACGUAUCGUUAAAUACAAGCAUCGCUCGAUGAUUGUUUUCUACAUCUGUCUGCAUUUCUAGCGAAAUUGUCAAUGUCGAGAAAACAGUAAUAAAUCUCUUCAACACUGAAAUAUACUUUUACUGACGAAACGAAGGCAUCGAUGAUGGAUUAUGAUACUGUUCCCCGAAGAUUUGUAGAGAGGAAUACGAUCCACGUUUAGAUUUUAUGCGAUUCCGAUACCGAUUAUCAGGGAUGUAAAUAAACGCUGUCAUGCGUGAAAAGAGAUCCAUGGUAACAGAUUCAGGCCACGCCAUGUGACGCAGACGAACUGCGUCAGAACAUACAAGGCUCGAUCGUGUUAGCUCGAGUGCACAUAACUCGAUAAAUAUUAUACUUGGCACAGAGGACUUCGUACGAAAUAUUCCGAUUACGUAAAGCAAGAGACAAAUCGUCAGGGACGUGCAAGAGACCCCCAAACAGCUGAGAUCACAGAACACAAUAUAAAGUGAAAAUUAAUUAAAGUCAAGUGCAACGUAUAGCGCGCGAUAUAAAUAAAUUGCAAACGGUGUAAGCGUACAGAUUCUAUUAUAAAAAUACUACAUACGCCUGUCGACCGGACAGUCCAGUCGAUAAAACAGGAUUCAGAUCGUUCGAAAAUAGCGUAAACCGAUAUAAAUCACUGCGAAUAUAUACAGCAACGCAAUCAGCAUCGUCUAUGAAUCAGCCGAUAAUCACCCAUCACCGAGAAAUUAGAUGACCCGACACGAGUAACGUGAAAACUGCGGUAGACGAUGUAUUAUACAUUCACACAGAGCUAUAUCAAUCGUCCAGGACCAUUACAAACGAGGGAAUUACGAAAUAGUGGCAUGCUGCCAAAGAAACCAGCUGAGACCUUUGACAU